AAUAUAUGGAGGAGUACCCAGCGCUCCGAGCUAUUUAUACUGUGGUCAGGCAAAUGCUUGAAGUUAGAGGGCUUACGGAUGUUUACUUUGGUGGGCUUGGUUCUUACAGCAUCUUUAUGAUGGUUGUAGCUAGUUUCAAGCUCCACCCUCGGCCCGAGAAUGACAGCCUUGCGCAGCAUCUCAUUGAUUUCCUCACAUUCUACACGAAGUUGGACACCAACGAACUCUGGGUUUCAAUCGAGCCACCGUCAUUAACGAAGAAAAUUGAGGCUAAACCUAAACAAUCGAUCGAAGAGAAACAAAAACUUAAAGAUCAGCUUGGCAUAGGAAAAGUCAACCCCAACCAACCCUACCUGCUCUCCCUUCGCGACCCGGCCGAUAAGAGCAAUGACCUUGGUCGUAAAUGCUUUUGCUGGAAGCACGUUCAGACCACCAUGGCAGUCUUGAGGGAGGAGUUACUCCUGAGACUCGAGGCCAACGAUGGAACCUUGCUUCUAACUCCACUUGUGGGGAGGAACUUCAAGCUUCUUGAAACGAAGAGAGAGCACCUGCAGAAAUUCUACUCCGGUAGAAACAUGGAUAACGCGCUCCGUUAUCUGGAAGGGGGAUUUGGCACGGGCUCUGGCAAUGACUCUGGGGAGUCGAACAUGGAAUCUGCCAAAGAUUCCGAGGAAUCAAACAUCGAGUCUGUCAGAGACGUCGAGGAAUCAAACGUGGAAUCUGCUGGGGAGGUUGAGGAAUCACACAUGGAAUCUGCCGGGGAGUUCGAGGAAUCAAACUUGGAAUCUGCCGGAGAGCUCGAGGGAUCAAACACGGGCUCUGCCGAAGGGUUCAAGGAGCCAACCCUUGACUCUGACAAAGCCUCCGAGGAACCAAGCGAGGAUAAGACUGAAGGGUCCAGUAGCACCUGAUUUGCGGCAGUGGUUAGAUACUGAAAAGUGACUGUUGCACAGCAACUGCAACAAAAGUUUGCAUCACAUGCCUAGCUGUAGCAAGCCUCGGUCCUAAAAUCUAUCACAUGCCCGCAAAC